AUCGCGCGAGAAGAUACCAUUCUGAGAGGAAAUCGAUUUCUGGGCAAAGGCAAACCCCAGACCCAGAGAGUAGCAGCAGAAUCAACAGUUUCUCUCUCUCUCCCUCUGCAUCUCUUGAAUCUCUUGCCUCUUUAAUGGCGACUGUAGCCUCAACGCGAAUUCGCGGUUUACCCUUUUAUGAAGACGCAAACCCUAAGAACUGAAACACCCAAACAAUUACGGCCAUGGAGGAAGAGAGGUUCGUCUCUGCCAGAGAAAGCCCUCGGAAUUUAGGGUUUCUGUCAGAGCGUGGCUCCAGCACCAGUGGCGGCAGCAUCAACAGCAGCAAGGCCGUGCCCAAUGACCUCGCUCAAAAGCCUCCACCUCCAAUUCUCGAAAAAUUUAGGGCUCUGUUGAAGGAGAGAGAAGAGGAGAUGAGGGUCUCGGAUGACGACGACGUUCCGCCUCCGAGCACCGAAGAGAUUGUUCGACUUUAUGAAGUUGUUCUAUCGGAGCUCACUUUCAAUUCGAAGCCUAUUAUCACAGAGCUUACGAUUAUAGCCGGUGAGCAAAGGGAGCACGGCGAGGGAAUUGCUGAUGCAAUUUGUGCCCGUAUUAUUGAGGUUCCAGUUGAGCAAAAGCUGCCAUCUUUAUAUCUUCUGGACAGUAUUGUGAAGAAUAUUGGCCGUGAAUAUGCGAGGUAUUUUGCUUCCCGCCUCCCUGAGGUAUUCUGUGAAGCAUACAGGCAAGUUCAACCAAACCUAUAUCCAGCAAUGCGCCACCUCUUUGGGACAUGGUCAACAGUAUUUCCAACUAAAGUGCUUCGAAAGAUUGAGGUCGAACUGCAGUUUUCUCCAGCUUCAAACCAACAAUCAACUAGCUUGACAGCUCCAAGAUCAUCUGAAGAAUCUCCACCUCCUCGACCAAGUCAUGGUAUACAUGUCAAUCCAAAAUACUUGGAAAGACGUCAAAUUGAACAUUCAUCAUUUGCAAAUGACAUUCAACAAGGAAGAGGGAGUUCUUCAAGCCUACAGAUCUAUGGGAGAAAACCUGCAAGUGGAUAUGUUGAAUUUGAUUUGGAUCAUGAUGAGGGUAUUUCUCCUCAUUUUGGAGUGCAGGGGUUAGAUUCACAAGGAGCUGCAAUCCGUGCAUCCUCUGUUGGUGCUGCUGAGAGGCUGCUUCCUACAAAAGCUAGACUUGCAAGGUCUUCUUCUCCUGCGAGAAUUGGAGCUAGGUCCUUACCACCAACAAAUGAUGGAUUUGCUAUUAAUAAUUCUCCAAGAAGAGUUGUUGAAGGGGCCUCACCAUCACAUUCCGGUUCUGAAUAUGGACCUGGAAAAGCUACCGAUGGGGAUGGGGAGAAGAGUGAAUGGUGGUUUAAGUGUCAGCAGAUGGAAACUUCUGGUACAUACAAUCCCAGUAAUGGAUGUGACCAGCAAAGGCCAAGAGCGUUGAUUGAUGCUUAUGGAAAUUACAGAGGGAAAAACACACUUAAUGGGAAGCCUUUGAAGGUUGAACGGCUUGAUAUUAAUGGCAUAAACAGUAAGGAGGUUUCAAAAAGAUGGCAGAAUACCGAAGAAGAGGAGUAUGUUUGGGAAGAUAUGAGCCCAACACUGACAGACCGUAGUAGGGGUAACGAUCUCAUGCCAUUUAAUCCUCCUCUUGGCAGCUUAAGCAGAAGAACUGGUUUGGAGAGACCUAGUACUGCAAUAUUGGAAUCUGAUUUCAGGAGAGGCAAUUGGCCUAAUCAGGUUCAACUCUCUACGAUGGAUGAUGCAGCAUUUAUUUCUGGAGAUGGGGUUUCCAUCCUGGGUUCUGGCCAUGUAACUAUGGGCAACAACUCUCUUCGUUGUCCACAAACUCAAAAUGAGUCAAGUCAUGUUCAGAGUUCUCAUCAUUCUCAGGAACCACAGAAUUUUCCACACCAAUUCCCUCAGUCUUCACAAGAACAUCUUGACCUGAAAGCAAGGGGAAGAGCUGUUCAGAUGUCAUUUCCAGCAGCUGGAGUAGUUCCAUCAGCUAUCAAGAAAAUGCCUUCUCAGGUUGAUAAUUUUCUAGAUACUGAUGCACAAUUUCAGAGGUUCUCAGGUGUUGUGUCCAGAAUGGGAUCUUCAAAUCGUGAUACUAUGAAUGUGGAGGCUCUUUCUACCAUGAUGCCACCAGCAUCAGCAUUGCAGAAGCAUCGGGGACAAAGACCUUCCUUGGCUCCAUUGGUCUGGCCUCCUGUAAAUGUACCUAAAUCUCAUCCACCCCCUCCUCUCUCGGUUCUUCCUCAACAAAACCAGAUUAAGAGUCAGUCCAAUAUAAUGGACAUUAGCAGGAUCCCAAAUAAGUCUUUGACUUUGCCUGGGCAGCAUUUAGGUGUUAUUGAGAGGAACACUUUAACUCCUACUAAGCUGCUUCAGUUUCCUAAUCAACAGGCUGGAUUGAUUUCCUUGAAUCAGCGAAGCCAGGGACAGGCUUCUCAUUUACCCGCACAACCACUUAUGUCUCAAAAUGCUCAAGAAAAUUUUGUUCCAUCUGCUGUUGCUCAGAUGUCAACUCACAAAAUGGAACAACCCUUGAAUCAUGGACAUAUCCCACAAGGGCAUUUAUCUGUUACAAGUUCAAUUUUACCUAAUCCAAUACCUGGGCUAGCAUCAUCGUCUGUUACAAUUCAUGGUUUAUCAAAUACCCCCUUCCAUUUGCCAGGGCGGGCCUUGCCUCCUCUACCUCCAGGCCCCCCUCCUGUCUCGUCGCAGAUAGAACCUAUAUCUCAAAAUGUGGGCCCUAUUGCAACUCAUGCAUCUAGUGGGAGUGCAUUUUCAGGUCUAAUUAGUUCUCUCAUGGCUCAAGGUUUGAUCUCAUUGACAACACCUGCUUCAGUUCAGGACUCCAUAGGAGUUGAGUUCAAUCUGGAUCUCCUUAAGGUGCGGCAUGAGUCUGCAAUAAAGGCUCUGUAUGCUGAUCUUCCAAGACAGUGCACUACUUGUGGCUUACGCUUCAAGUGCCAAGAGGAACAUAGUAGUCACAUGGAUUGGCAUGUUACCAAGAAUCGGAUAUCCAAAAGCCGCAAGCAGAAGCCAUCUCGCAAGUGGUUUGUGAGUACUAAUGUGUGGCUCAGUGGUGCAGAAGCAUUGGGAGUUGAUGCAGUUCCUGGGUUUUUGCCCACUGAAGCUGUUGCUGAGAAGGAUGAUCAAGAAAUGGCUGUUCCUGCUGAUGAGAAUCAGAAUGUAUGUGCAUUAUGUGGAGAGCCCUUUGAUGAUUUUUACAGUGAUGAGACAGAGGAAUGGAUGUAUAAAGGGGCUGUAUACUUAAAUGCACCUGAUGGUCCACCAGCAGACAUGGACAGAUCCCAACUAGGUCCAAUUGUGCAUGCAAAGUGUAGAUCUGAGUCCACAGUAGUUCCUCCAGAAGAUUUUCAGCUAGAUGAAGGGGGGACUACUGAAGAAGGUAAUCAAAGGAAAAGGAUGCGGAGUUAGAUUGAAAUUACCGGCGUUGAUCUUGUGUAAAUUAUUUCGAGUUUCAGCAUAUGUUUAUGGUACACCAUUCUAAUUUUCACCUAGAGCCUGCGUACCAUGACAUCAUACUAUAAUCAUGUAUAUGUAAAGUUGGGCCCUGUAACAUCACAUUCUUGCAACGAAAUCUUACAAAGUUUUUCUCUGAGCAACUAUUUGUUCUGUUUUAUAUUUUGCUUGUUAUUUUGCAGUAAAGUUUCUUAGGGGUACUGAAUAAUGAGCUCUGCUUGCUGGCGGGGAUACAUUCGCCCAGAAAUUCUAUUGACAGGUCAUUUUAUUAUGUCAUCAUUAUAACUCUAUUUUCUGGAACAACUGCUGCAUGCGCUAAUUAUCUACAGGAGGGAUACCAGAUGUAUAAUUACCAUGACCGAGUCUCAACACCGCAUAAGUCAGAGGCUGGUGAUCAAAGAUAACAGGAUCAAUUCUUGACGUCAAACUACUCACUGGCAUCUCUAGGGUCUAAUUUUUUUUUUUUUAAUUUUCUUUAUCUUAUACUUUUUGGUCCUAUGGAUCACCCAUUUCUAUAUGAAAUACCCUGAUUAAUGGGGUAUGAAAUGGUAAACCUUCUUGAUUCAA